AUGAGAUCAAUAGUGAAGACGCUGUCAUUUGGCGUCAAAAAUUUCAAGCAAAAAGAGGUUUGCUUCAAGAAUCGUUUGUAAAUAUUUAUAAAUUAGAUUAUAUUUGAUGAUUAUAACUUCCGAAAAAAAUUUAAAUGAAGAGUUCUGUAGAAAUUUUUAGGAAUCUUGUGAAUUUCCAGGAGCAUGUAGUUUUGUCUUAAUCUUUAGAAAAAAAAACUAACUUGCAUGAAAAGUAUUGAAUCUCAAGCUUUUGGAAAUACAUUAUAAGUUUCAACAAAAAAAAAGAUAAAAAUGGGGUUGUUUUUUUCUAUUAAUUUUUCUUCUUUCAUUUCUUUCCGAAGCCAUACUUUAUUACUUAUUUCAGAAAAAAAUUGGUUUCGAAUUCCAAGUUUUCCAUGUUAUACCUCAACAUCGGCGCAAAAAAAUUAACUAUAUCAGAAGAGAUUUUUUUGAAAAAUAAGUUUUGAUAUUUUUUUAGAAGGAAGAAAAUGAGUCUGGAAAAAGCGCUACGAUUAUCAACGGUGACUGAGGAGAUGCUCAAAGAAAUCAACGAACUCCGAAAAUUAAAAAGAACAAGGGGAUUUUCAAAUUGAUGGAGAUUCUGACAAUGAUAACGAAGAAGAAACUUUGAAAGGUGAAAAAAAGCGAAAUUCAGCAAAAAAAAAAUAUUUAAUUCAGGUCCUAUAAAAAUUCUGUCCGAUGAUGGUACGAAGAAGAAAAAGAAUAAAAAACGGAAAGCCGAAAAAGAAGAAAAUCGAGGAGCCGAAAAUGAUGAGGAGGUCGACAAGAAGCUGGACAAGUUGGUAAGAAAAAAAGCUCUGAAAAGAAAAAAUGUGAUUUUCGAAUAACUUACCUCAACUUUAUAUGAAAAGAGGUCGUUUUCAGAGUUUCUGAUUGUUAGUUAUUAGUAAAACUCUUGGAAAAAGUUCGAUUUUUGAACACUUGAAGUUUUCAUGAUAAUUAGAUUUCAAAUUGCGAACAUUCUAAAUAAUGCAAAAAUUUGAAAUUCUCUUUUUGGAACGGAACAAGCCGUUUGGACAGUGUUUAAUUGUUAAUUUAGACGGCGUCAGUCUUCAAAUGAGCGUUUGAAUCAUGUUUUUUUUGAUUUGCAUAAAAAUUGAUAUGGACUAGCUCUUCGAUCACUUUCAGGCGUUUCACACAAAAACGGUGAUGAAAAGUUUUUUCGUCUUGGAAGUCUGGAAAAUUUUCAAGUUUUCGCAAAGUUUGUUUUUUUUUUUUAGUUCAAGUUCAAACUAAUUGCCAACAUUAAGAAAAAUAAGUGUAGGUUUUUUUCACACGACCUCGAUAAGGGAUCUUGAGAAAAUCGAUGAUUUUUUGGCAUUUUAAAAUCUUAUUUUUCCUUGAAGAUGGGCACUGUACGACGGGCGAAUCGAAUCUUCAUCUGGGGCGACGACGUCCCUCAUCCGAUCCUUCGAUUCGAAGACGUCGCCAUGCCGAAGCACCUCUCCGAACAUCUGAACGAGACCAAGAUUGCCGACCCGUCGCCGAUCCAAAUGCAGGCCAUUCCCUUGAUGUUGCAACGCAGAAACGUUCUGGCCAGCGCGCCGACUGGUGGGUUUGACUGAUCUAAGAAAACCAGAGUGGUCCCUAUAGGGGCAACCUUCAGAGAACUUAAAGUUUCCCUCUGGGAACCGCCUUACAUCCCCCUAUAAGGACCACAAAGACUUACAAAAAGUAGCCCCUAUGGGGGUUUAAUUUGAUGGCCCUUCGAGGGGAGCAUUUUCCGUUCUUUUAUUACUGUUAUUUUUUUAACAACUCCAGAAGAAGAAAAAUUUCCAUGCAAAAAUCACAUUAACGAAUUUGAAGACCUGCUCGAAGACUAUCUUAUUUGUGGGCUUCGAACUAAUUUAUUAAAACAUUUGAAGUUUUGUUCAGAAACACAACUUCAAGACGGCAUUAUUAUCAUUUUUUACGAGCUUUGAGAUCGAACAAAAUUCUUCUAGGUUCCGGAAAAACGCUAGCCUUCGUCAUACCCGUGGUCAAAGAGAUUACUCGACUCAAAAAAUUGAAAAAAUAUUCGGCUGGCGACAAAUUGCUGGUCAUUGUUUUGGAACCGACAAGGGAGCUGGCAACGCAGGUUCGGGAAUUGAAACUUCAAAGAAAGUGGAAGUAAUUUCAGAGAAAUAGUGAAUAAUUAAAAUAAUUUAAUUUCUCUUCACAAUUUAGUAUCUUUCAAAUCGAAAAAAAGAAGUAUUUUCAGUGAAUGUUCAGAAAAACCCCUCAAGAGACCAUUUGAAAAAAACUUUCGUUCAACAAAUGAGCGGCCCUUCUAAGUGACCACUUAAGAGCCGGUUACACCACUUAUGUUAUCACUGAACCGCUCAUUAUCGAGUCUUCUUCAUUCUGCACUCUUUCUUCUAACAUGACUAUUUUUUUCGAAUUAUAAAUUGUUUUUUUAAAUGAAAGUUUUGAAAAAAAAAAGUUCAAAAUAUUUUAAUUUUUGGGGAUCGGAGUACAGUAAUAAAACAGUACCUGUGCAGACCUUCAACGAAUUUUCAAAAUACGCCGGUCCCAACAUCAGAGUCGCUUGUUUCAAUGACGAGUCUACGGUUCCGGAUGGUUGGAAAAUACCCUAAAUCAUCAGAAAAAUACCAAUUUUCAGCUGAAGUUUUGGUAUCAACACCGAACCGCCUCGUUUACCACAUUAAGGAUCUGAAUACCAAGUUUCUGAGGUGAAAAUUGUGGAAAUCUGAAGAAUUUAGGCGAAUUACAGAUGGUUGAUUGUUGAUGAGAGUGAUCGACUUUUUGAAGUGAUUGAGGGCCAGGAGAAAUGCUUCAGGAAUCAGGUGAGACGAGAGAAUGGACGGGUAAGAAGAGACGCCAGAGAAAGAGAUGGAUCAAAUUUCUGUGGCGUCUCUUAAGGCCUCUCUUGAUGUCUGUUUUCCAGAAGAGUGAAAGGAACGGUUCAGAAUGGCCUCAAGAGACGCCAGAGAUAGAGAGAAAGUACACUUCUCUGUCGUCUCUUCAAGCCGCCGUUGAUCUCUCAAUUUUCAAGGCUAUUUUUCAGUUGGCUACCGUAUACCGAGCUUGUACCGGAAAAUUCACACGUCGCGCUUUUUUCAGCGCCACUUUCUCGUAUGAAGUCGAGACUUGGUUGGGCCGAAAUAUAAAUAAGUGAAAAAGGAAAUAUUUAAAAUCACAGGUGCAAGGAAAACAUUGACAACGUCGGCAUGGUUUGCAUUGGCGAGAGGUGAUUUUGAGACUAAUUUGAGAAAAAAAGUUUUGAUUUUUUAGAAACUCCUCCAAUACAAAUGUGAAGCAAGAACUUCAAUAUUGCGGCUCGGAAGAUGGAAAACGAAUGGCGAUCAAAACUUUGUUGAAAACCAAGUUCUCCCCACCUGCUUUGGUUUUUGUGCAGGUCAGUGCUGGAGAAUAUUCCAUUCGAAUGGCUCUCGUCGCGAUCUGCUCGUCCGACACAGAACAUUUAUUGGAAUUUUUUUUGAAAUUUACUAGUCUCUGAAAUAUUUUUACUGUUUGAAAUUUAAAAGUUAUGGAUUUUUCUAUCGGGAGUUCUUUCAGAAAGUCGAUCUUUAAUCAGCAAUUUUAGGAUAAAAGACAUGAAUUAUUGAAUAUUGAACUUUGAAGCGUUUUCAUGCAUUUUGAAGCUUUUAUUACUAUAAUUAUGAUGAAAAUCAAACCUCACAGUUUAGAGCAAAGAGAGAGCGGCUCAAUUGGUACAGUUUUUGUCGGGGAUCGACGAAAAACUAAGAGUUGACUCGAUCAGCAGUGAAAAGUCGGAUAAGCAGGUGAAAGUCGAGUUUUUUGAGAGAGAAAAUCAACGAGGAAUCACAGCGGGACGCGACCAUGGAAGCCUUCCGGAAAGGACAACUUUGGGUCCUCGUUUGCACAGAACUUCUGGGCCGCGGGUUGGAUCUGUCCAACGUCAACCUUGUCAUCAACUACGACAUUCCUACUUCCAUCGUCAGCUACAUUCAUCGGAUCGGUGAGGAGUUCCCAGAAAAAGAGAGUCUCUGAAAAUCAUCACCAGAGUGGCCUCUACAGGGGCAACCUCAGAGGCGUUUACCUUCCAUUAUACGGGCUCUAAAGCUUGCAAAAGUGGCGCCUUUAGGGGCAUGAUAAUCGAUUAUUCUUAUGAACUCUAUGAGAAAAAGCAUUUUUAUGCGAAACAUCCGAUAAAUUAGCGUUUUUUGAAUGGAAACAAUCAAGAGAGGACAAACUGAUCAAGCUUUUCGGAUCUCAAAUCUGAACAGAAAAUUAAAAGACAACCUAGGGACCACUUAAGCUUUAGGCGCUGGAUAAAAAUUCAGACCCUAAACACCAAUAGGACUAUCUGAUUUUCACCCCUAUAGGGGCUGUUUCUCCCCUGACCCCUUCAAGGGCCACUCUGACAUUACUAAGAUAGAGAUCUGAUUUUGAUCGUUUCAGUAUUUUGAGCUGAAAAGAUGAUUUUUUUUUUUCCUCAGGAAGGACGGGACGGGCUGGAAAAGUCGGCCGUGCGGUCACUUAUUUCUCCGAAGACGACCUCAAAUACAUCCGGCCCAUUGCGACGGUCAUCCGACAAGCCGGAUUCGAAGUUCCUGACUAUCUUCUGACCUUGAAGAAGGUUUCAAGGUGAACAAGCCAGAGAAAUCUAUAAAAGUCGCCAUAAAAACUGUCCAUAGAGCGCAGACGUCGCAGAGCCUUUCAGGUCGUUUAUGAAUCAGGAGGUUGUUUUUUUUCACAUCUAUCUUCGGUAAGAAGCUCGGCGAAAAUAAAUUCAUGAAGGGAAAAACGUCUUUUAAUUUGAAGCAGGAGGCUGAUUUUUCUCACUUUCCUCUGGAAAAGAAACCUGAAAAAAACAGGCGCAACAACAUAUUGAGUUUAUCCAUGGAGCAUUUGUUCUCAAAAUAAGCAGCGAUUUUUUCACGCAACUUCUUUUGCUGUAUUUUUUCCGAAUUUUUCAAUUUUCCUUUUUUUAAGAAACGAAAAGCAACAUCUUCUGAAGCACGCUCCGAGACGACAGAAAAUCGCAUUUGUCAGAAGUCGCGAAAUCAAGAAAAAAAGAAGAAGUUGGCUACCAAAUCUGAAAAAGAAAUAA